AUGACAAACUACACCGACGAAGGCAAGAAGGCAGUCAAUAACCACGAAAUAAUCGUCAUUGUGAACUUCGUACUCAACGUUCCGCUAAUUCUCAUAUCAAUCACCGGGAACUCUUUGGUGCUAGCAGCCAUCUUGAAAACUCCUUCAAUUCGAACGCCUUCUGUGAUCAUGAUUUCAAGUCUCGCUGUUUCCGAUUUGUUGGUGGGAAUCAUGGCUCAACCCCUGUUUCUUCUUAACGAGUUCAAGAACUUAACAGAAAGAAACCUGUUAUUACACUCGCUGACUUCUUUAGCAGGUUUUUUUGUCUGCGGAGUCUCUCUCGGCACGACCACAUUGAUUUGCGUUGAUACGUUCAUGGCCGUGCAAUAUCACAUGCGAUAUUCCACAAUCGUGACUAAACCUCGCGUACUGUAUACGGUGGUUGUAACGUGGUUGUUCACUUUCUUAUGCCUGGGACUUUACUUUUGGAACAAGCCUUUGUAUCACUUGCUGGCAGGAAUUUACACCACUAUAUGUCUAAUUAUUUGCACAUAUCUUUACAUCAAAAUAUACGGAAUUGUUCGCCACCAUCAACUGCAGAUUCGCGUCCAGGAACAAGCCGUACACAGCUCAAACGUUGGAAGCCAGCACCUUAUGUUGCGUCUGAAAAAAAGCGCCUUCAGCACUUUCUUGUUUUACAUUUGCAUGGUCAUUUGUUUUUUUCCAAAUGUUAUUUUAAUGGCCUUGUUUGGUACAGUAUAUGCAAAAUGGCGACCUGAAUGGGACUUAGCCACGACCGUGGUAUUCAUGAAUUCGUCGAUCAAUCCAAUUUUGUACUGUUGGAGACUGCGUGAGCUCAGAGCAGCGGUGAUGAAGAUUGGAAACAAGAUGUUACAUAAACAAAGAGAUGAAGACAUCGUGACAAGCACAUACAAGGGUUGAAGGCAGACAUAGGAAAGGUUCCAAGAGAUUAUAAAUGUAUAUCUUAGAGCCUAGAACAAGUGACAUAUAUUAUCAGGUUGGUAAAACUGUUUUACCCUUUUACAAGGAAGCAAUUUAGGACCCUUCUUGCCGUUAUUUUUGUCUAUGACAACGCAGUGUAAACUGCGCAGUGGAGGAACAAAAUGCGAAAUACUAGAUUGCGUUUCAAUUUUUUAGCCUUGAUGUGGCAAUGGUAAUAAAAGUUAAGCCAAGGAUGAUCUUGAACCACAACACAUAUUCAAUAGAGUGGUUUUCGUUUGAGUGUCGUAAAACCAAAACCAAAGUAAUUACUCUGGCCAAUCACAUAGGACACAGACAAUACAUUGAACCAAUCAAAACUCGAAGUAAUUACAUGUGGCUGACGCAAAGCGCGGGAAAAUGUAUGCGAGCGCGUCACAAUUGGCUUUGGUUUUACUUCUGAUUGGAUGAAAAGAUGGCGCGAAUCUUUUAAGCCAAUCGCAUCGUGUAGAAAGUGCAAAACCAAUUACUUUUCGACACUCAAAUGAACACCGCUCUAAAUGCAAUUCAAAAGCAUCCCGCACUUUCGUCUUUUAAACUUUUAUUAGACCACCGAGUAAUCAAAAGACUUCGAUUUAAAAUGUAUAUUGACCCGAAGAUUUUGUUUAGGUUUUGGAUAAUAUUGUUUCUUUUGUCAACAUAAUGCACCGUAUUUUCUUACUUAUACUUCGGCCCCCAAACUUGGAUGUGAUUUAAUUUAAUAUUUAACAUUCUUUGUUUUUCAGGUAUCUGUAUCUAAGAAAGUUUUGUCUAUUUGCGUUCACGCUGAAGCGUUUGUAAUAGAACGAGGAUAUAAUUUACUGAUUGCUUUGACUUUGCAAUGCUCUCUUUGUAAAUGGCUGAAAAAUAUCCCGCCACAUUCUCAACACGUCAGCGCUAAAACAAAACUAGUCUUGACUUUGUCGAAUACGUAUUUUUUGCUCAGGGCUCCCAUUGAUAACAGACAGCUUUUUGCGUCUGAAGGGGCUACCCUGAGCGGUAUAAAUUAAUAAAGGUUCUUCUUCUUCUUCUUCUUCUUCUAUUUUCCAGGGCCCAGAUUAGCGCUUAAGCUAGGUUUUUUUUUUUGGUUCAAAAGCAUUUUCUCGGCUAGUUUUCUCUGUUAUUUUUAAUAGCAUAUAAUCAUCAACGUGUCGACAAAAAGAAUUAAACUGAAUUUACUUUUUAAGCUUUCAUAUCAGAAUUCAAAUUUCGCAUAACCCCAGCUUUGAACAACCCAGCCCAGCCCUCUAUGCUGGUUGCGUGUAUUUUCCACGAGUCCUUGCUUGUCCAUUUCGUUUGCCUAGCUAAGGUUCGAACGCUACCAGAUGAAUUUUCGACCGGUUGAAAACUCGUGUGUUUAGGUAUUAUGAACGGUUACAAUGAACCACCUUAAACUUACGAAUUUGAACGCCAACUUCUCGGUCAAAGUUUUAGCCGGUACAGUCAUACUGAAUGGCUUUCAGAAUAUGUAGGUUCAGGAUAAGAGAAGAAUACGUGAAUUAGGAUCGGAGCACACAAAACGCGUCUGCACAGCUCAGUGCGAAAAUGUACUGAUGCAAUAUUUUGACUGACAGGUAAAAUUUGACGUCUUCGUAGUUUCCAUGGCAACAUGAACGAUUGAAUACAACAUUAAAAUUUCACUUUCGCUCAGUUUACAUAGAAUUCCCUCAUUAAAGUUUCCUAUAAACUUGCACACAGCUUACUAUAGUUAAUCAUUACCAUUUGAAACUUAUUUGACCAAAUGGUAACCGACGGGUUUUUAGAUAAUCAAUAAUAUAAUUGUUCUGUAAUUAUUAAAUGUGUCACAAAAUUCGUCCUUAAAACUUCCACUUUAAAACGUUCAUUAUUUCAAAUAAGAUAAAAGUAAAAAUUCCGCCAAAUAUCACAAAAUAUUCAUGAGUAGAUUUUGAGAAAUCGUCUUCUGUGUACCAUUGCUCUUUUCGUCGCCAUGUUUGUUUGUCUAAUUUAAAACACACGCUAUCGCUGACCGCCCGCAAAACUGUGUUCAGCCACCUAAAGCGCUGAGCGCCAUUAGUUUUGACAUAAAUUAUUUCUCCUCUUUCAUGUCUUCCUUGAUGUUUGCGAAAAAAUCUGAAAGUCUUUACCUGUCAUCUGUUACAAAGUCAAAUAUUUGAUGAGUAGCAGCCACUUUAAAGCUAGUAAUCUCUUGUAUUCAUUUGCAAAUCAACCAUACAUUGAUAUUCCAUUUUGAUCUGAAUAACAAUUUUAAUCAGUUAACCGGUAGUAUUAAAAUCACCUCCGCCUACUUGUUUUCGUAAAAUAAUUUUCAGGUUUAGACAAGCCUCAAGCAAUGAUCUGAGAAAAAAAACACUUGCUAGUAACAUUCACAUCACAAGAGAGCUUGUUUUACCUAUCUCGCAUAAUCAAAACAUCAUAAUGCAAGUCCUGAUCAAAGUCUAGACAUUAGUCAUCGAUCGGUGUAUUAAAAUUCGAAUUCUUUUGUUUGUGCAAUUUAUCUCUAUCGUGACCCCCAGGUUAAAGAACAAGGGGCAUACAAGUUGAAAUCGAAAAUUUUAAAUUGGUAUUUGCGUGGAGCAGUGAAGAUAUUGCUGACAAAACACUGCGUUGAAUAACAAGACGUGAGAACUAGAACGUCGCUUCGACUGAUCCCUUUCUCGGAGAAAAAGAAAGCGCAGGUCGGAGCAGCUGCUUUGAAAAAUCAACCUGAUUUACCGUGUGUUAUCAACUCCGAUGAGAUUUACUUCCGCCCUUCGCUGUUGACGAGCAAGAGGAUACAGUACGGAGGAAAUUAAAGUGGGGAUCUAAGUUUUCGACUGGAACGGAAGCUGGGUGAAAAGAUGGACGACAACGAUGGAGACAAAAACAUAUCUGCUACUCAAAAAAACAUAGCCGUCAUCAACUCUGUGAUCAAUACCCCUCUGAUUCUCAUCUCAAUCAUUGGGAACUCACUGGUGUUAGCAGCCAUCUUGAAAACUCCCUCCAUUCGAACGCCUUCACUGAUCAUGAUUUCCAGUCUGGCUGUUUCGGAUCUUCUGGUUGGCGUCAUGGCCCAACCGCUUUUCAUUGCGAACAAGUUCAAAAGCUUAACAGAAAAAGACUUGUUUUUGCAACAUGUAACAGUAAUGACAGGGUUCUUUCUCUGCGGAGUCUCUCUUGGUACGACUACAGUGAUCUGCGUGGACCGGUUCAUGGCCUUUCACUACCACAUGCGAUAUUCCACAAUCGUGACCAAAUCUCGCGUGCUGUGCACCGUGACAAUGAUUUGGUUGUUCACUUUCUUAUGCCUGGGGCUUUACUUUUGGAAUCAGCCUUUGUAUCAUUUGCUGGCAGGAAUUUACCCCGCUAUUUGUCUCAUUAUCUGCACAUAUCUUUACAUAAAAAUGUACGGAAUCGUUCGACAUCACGACAAACAGAUUCGCGUUCAGAAGCAAGCAGUAGGAAUCUCAAGUUGUGCAAAUAACACGCACAUGCUUCGUUUGAUAAAAAGCGCUGUUAAUACGUUCUUGUUUUACAUCUGUCUCGUCAUAUGUUAUUUUCCGAACGUUGUUUUUAUGACUUUGUAUGGGACAGUACACAGAGAGUGGAAAACUGAAUGGGAUUUGUCUACGACGGUGGUAUUUAUGAAUUCUUCGAUAAACCCGAUUUUGUAUUGCUGGCGACUUCGAGAGCUUAGAAAAGCGGUGGUAAAGAUUGGAAGAGGCCUCUUAAAUAGACAAACCAAUGACUGA